CAUCAUCAAAAUCCUUGUAGUUUACUUCUGUCACCCUGUCCGUCUGUUGGCGUUUUUCUAUUGGAAAACCGCAUUUUCUUGGCAACUGCUGCAAAUGUGACAAGGAAGCAAUGUAAUUUCGGUGACGUUCAAAUUUGGCUGACGUCGUAAUGUGUACGAGAGAGAAUCGUGCAAUAUGCUUAUUAACGUCAGUGGUGUUUGGAGUUUUCAGUGUAGAAUCACAAGAGGUUGUUGGUUUAUAAGCAAAGAACAAAAACAUUUCGAUUGCUGAUAAAGAAGACUUCGUCUCUCUCCUUAGACGGAUCCAGCCUUGUACAGGUUGUUGCACUGUGUCUAUCUGAAAUCAUAGUGAAUACUGCCGGGAGACAAAAAUGGGCGCGAGAAUCACAUUUAAUAGACAUAGACUGGUGGAUCAUUAAAUUAUCAUACAGUAGGUUACCAAGAUUGUUGCACAGCUUCUUAGGUGAUAGAAACGACAACAUUAGCGUGUUCAUCCUGAAAGUGGUAGCGUGAAUUGGCUCCUAAUAUUGAUAUUAUCAGAGGAGUGGUUAGUUUAUAUAUCAACGCGGCCAAAUUACUGAUACUUGAUGCAUGAUGUAGUUGGUAGUGAUGGGGAGGCGAAGACUGGCAGCUAGGUUAGGCCACCAAGG